AUGCGCCCCACCUUCCUGACAACCACCACCACCGGCAAUGCGGCCGUGACAGCGCCGUUCGUCGGAUCCCGCCACGCAUGGCUGGCCCGAUGGGAGUUCUUCCAAUCCGCCCAGCUCGUUCUCCAGAAGGGUUAUUCCCAAUACAAGGACCAGCCAUGGAAACUGACCGGCAAUGACGUCGUCGUCCUGCCGCAUAAGUACCUAGAUGAGAUCCGGAAGCUUCCCGUCCAACGGGCCAACGCCAUGAAAGCCAAUCUCGAUAACAUGCAGAGCAAAUUCACUCACUUGGAAAUUCUGAACUCCACCCGUUUAUUCGUUCACGUGCUGAAGCGGAAGCUCAACCCGCAACUGGCUAUCCUAAUCCCGACCGUGCGCAGGGAACUGGACGCCGCCUUUACCAAAGAAAUCCCACAGUCCAUCAGCGAGGAUGAAUGGACGAGUGUUGAAGCUUUCCACACUCUACACAAAAUCGUCGGUCGGAUUUCUGCCCGAAUUUUCGGUGGUAGGGAGCUGCGUGACGAUGAACAUUGGCUCAACGCGGCCGAAGGCUACCUAAACAACAUCUUCGCCACAGCCAUCUCCAUCCGACUGGUUCCCUAUGGGUUUAAAACACUGGCCUCUUGGUUUCUUCCCUGCUCGUGGGAAAUUUCGUGGAAUUUUUGGAAAGCCAAGCGCAUCUUGCUUCCAUAUAUCCGAUACAGAAAACGUAUUAUCGCCCAGAGAGCCGAUGAGAUAUCGCGCAUGGGCAAGUCCGAGUUCCCCGAUGUCUUACAGUAUCUUAUCGAGCAAGCCGAAGGGCGCGAUGCAGAGCCACUGAGUUUGGCAGCCAUGGUCCUAUCACUUUCUCUAGCAUCUAACCACACCACCGCCAUGGCACUAACCGAGUGCCUGUAUGACCUAUGCGCCCACCCGGAGUACCAGGACGAGCUCCGACAGGAGGUCCAGGACGCAAUAGAAGCCGAUGGGGGAUGGCGAAAAACAACUCUGCUCCGCAUGCGCAGACUAGACAGUUUCAUGAAGGAGUCACAGAGAAUGCAUCCGCCGAGUCUCAUGGGAUACAAGCGAAAGAUCAUCGAGGCUACCCAGCUCAGCGACGGUCUUCAUCUACCAGCCGGCGCGCACGUCGAGUUUGCAAUUGUCCCCAUCCAGCACGACAGUGUGGCUGACCCUACGCGGUUUGACGGUCUCCGCUACUACCGCAUGCGACAAACUCCAGCGGAAGCACACCGACAUCAAUUCGCAACGACCAGCAAUUCAGUUCUGCACUUUGGCCAUGGCCAGAACUCGUGUCCGGGCCGAUUCAUGGCCUCGAAUGUCAUCAAAAUGGUCCUCGGUACUUUGUUAACCGAGUACGACUUCAAAUUAGACCAGACGGUACGACCAGACGGGAUUUCUGCAUUUGAAUACAAUUUUCCCAACCCCACAGCGCGCGUGUUGCUCCGAAAAAAGAAGAAGAAAGCACCUUCGCCGGAUGGACCGACUGACCUUUGAUGAAUUCAUCUGAAUUUUACCGUAAUGACUUUCGGGAAUAUCUUGUUCUUUACUUUCAUACUUGCUGCUGAUUACAUGAUAUCUGCUCGUGGAAUUAUGAUAUGCGAGAUAUGACACAACACAACGUUCUUUAAGAAUCAAGUGACUAGUUAAGACAGAUUUGGUCUCUAUACAAAAAAUAGAAGGGGCGGUAAGGGGGAAGCGUUACAGUCACACAGACCGGCGUCCGUUAUAACCACACUU